AUGCGAGAACCGUUCACUAUGCAAAGUGAAGCCCAUAGACGCCUUACAUUUACUCACUGGCCUCAUAUGGAUUAUCAAUGGGCAACGCCUUCCACUUUGUCUGAAGCUGGAUUUUACUUCCCAUUUAAGUUCCCACUUGACAUUGUAUUUUGUCUUGAAUGUUUAGUUAGAUUGUCAUCUUGGGAACCAACUGAUGAGCCAUGGAGCGAACAUAUCAGACAUUCACCUCAAUGCAGCUUUGUGUCAUCUCCAAAUUCGAAAAGCAUACCUAGUACAUUUUCAUGGUCAACAGAAACAGCACAAACUCAUUCAAUAUCCGAUGAUCCUAUCAUGGUGCUUACAGCUUCUACAUCAAAAGAUUUUGUCGCAACUUCAACAGUCGAUGGUGGGAUUACUGUUUGGGAUCUGUCGUACUUCAACAGACGUUCAUUGGAAUUCAAUCUUGUGGAUGUAUUGAAUGCUUCGAUAGUUACUACUACUACUACUACCAGUGAAAUGAUUACUAAAUCUCAACUACAAGUACAUAGUGGAUGUCUACUAGUUUCUAAUUCUUCUAACAUGAAAUUUAUCAAUCUUCCACAACUUCCUAAAAUACAUCAUUUAAUUCUUGGUUGUUGUUUACCAUAUUCAGUAUAUAAUAAAUUACACUAUUGUAUGCAUACCAUGUCAACAACUAAUAAAUUUGAGAAUGUUAAAAAUAACAAUUUUAAAAAAUAUCAACUAUGCCUUAUCAUUAUUAAAUUAACUCCAUUGAACAGUGAACAAGUUAUGUGGAUAGCUGAUUCUACUUUCUCUUCAACAACAACAACAACGCCAUUUUCUUCUAAAUCGAUAUUUCCUAAUCAAUUCAAUAUACAUUCAAUACCGAUAGAUCUUGUCAAGUUUCUUCCAUCAAUUGGUUAUGAUCAUAAUAAUAAUGAUGACGAUACAAUAGAAUAUGAAGAAUUAGGAGAUAUUGAUGAUAAUGAGAACGAGACUGAUAAUGAUGAUUAUGAAGAUGACUUUGAUGAGGAGAGUUCUGACAAGUUAAGUAGCGUACAUAUAAAUAAUAUCAUAACUGAUUCAGCGCCCAAAGAUAAUAUUUCAACAUCAUCAGUCAAUUCAAAGCUUAUCGAGAAUGAUUUUUAUACGUAUAUUGGUUUGUCUAGCGUUGUUGAAGAGUUUGUAAAUUUAAAAGCUACGACGGACUGUUAUCACACAUCUUCAAGCAAUAAAUUACAACUAAAGAAAAUAUCUGCUUCAAGUUCAUCCAAUUUGUCGUCAUCAAUAAAACACAUUGAAAAUAAACGAUCUAAUAUGAAUGAAACAACCAGUUCAUUUCUAUGCUCUGACUAUUCUGAAAAUAAAAAUGGUAAGAGUAGAUGUGUUGAGAACUUACCGAAACUUGUUGGUGUCAUACCUUUGUCAGUUACUGCUGAUAGUACUAAUAAUGACCUUGAAAAUCCUAAUUUUCGUAUUUUACAAAUAUCACCACUACCAUUGCAAACAAUAUCCUUCAAUAAUGGUAAUUCCGCUUAUUCUCAAGGGAUACUUGUUUGUUGUGGCUUGUCAAGAUCAUUAUCUCAUGUAGAGCUUCAUCAUAAAACAACUACUGAUAAUCAAUCGAUUGAGGAUGGUGAUUUAUUUUUACUCGGAUAUAAUGAAAAUGACUGUAUUCUACCUAAUUCAGUUGGUUAUCACUUAGUUAUUGAUGAAACUCCACUUUUGCACAUUAAAUUGCCUGAUCACUAUUGUCCUGUUCAAAUGGAUGUGGUAUCCAGCACUAAUGAUCUACAUGUUUGUUCUUUAAACACUUUAUAUCCUUCAGUUAAAUUACAAUAUGAAUGUGGACAAUCAUGUGUAGUUGUCAACAAUACUACUUCUACUACUACCACUAAUAAUAAUUUAAAGUUUACCAUAGACUCACCUUUAAUUACCACAGGAACAUAUGACUUAUCAUUUUGUUGUUUCAUAUUAACAGUAUACAAUUCAUUGUUACAAAUAAAUGUUUAUAAAAAUCUAUUAUGUUAUGCUCAAAUAAUAAUAUCUAAUCCAAUCUUAUCAGUUAAUGAGGAUAACAAUAAUAAUGAAAUAAAUAACAACAAUAUGUAUUGUAAUAUACAAUUUGAUACAUUCACAUAUUGUACUGGUUUAGAAAAUAUAUGUUUAGGCACUGUAAAUGGUGAAAUGUACAUCUAUCAAUUACAUAAUCAUGAAUUAUUUAAAUAUGAUAUGAAUAAACAAAAACGUAUUCAUUUAUAUAAUUCAAUAUUACCAAUUCAUAAACAAUAUGAUGAAUCUUCUGAUGAGAAAAUUGAAUUAUUCUUUCCUAUUCAUAAUCAUAAUAGUAGCCAUAGUAAUAAUAGUUAUUCAUUAAGUAAUCUAUAUGCCUAUUAUGAUUGUCCAUUAGACCAAUGUUUUAUUUUAUAUCAACUUAUUAAAACUAUUCCAUUAGAUUCAUUAAUUCAAGUGAAUUUUCCAAAUCAAAUUGGUUGGUAUGAAGUGGAACUUUUUCCAUUAUUAUCUUCUUCUACAAUAAAAACUACUAAUGAAGAAACAUUCAUUCAUAAUAAUAAUAAUAAUACAAUUCAAAUACUUUCUAAAUUAGUUACACGUUAUAUACAAUUAGAAAAAGAAUCAUUUAAGAAAUCAAAAUUAACUAAUGAUAUAUUAUAUAAUAUUUCAGUAAUAUUAAAAUGUGCUACAUUAGCUGUUCAACUUAGUUUAUCAUCUAAUAUAUCUACUCAUUUAUGGGAAUUUAAUACUAAAAAUUGGUAUGAUUAUCAAAAUUUAAUUAAACAAAAUAUUAAUAAAUCAAAUAUGAAUUCAAUGAAUAAAAAUAUCAUUCAUAAUGAUCAUGUAAUGUUAAAUUCUCAGAAUAUAUUAUCUGAAUAUCUAUUAGAGAUUAGUUUACCACGAGUAUAUUUAAUUUCACAUUUUAUAUUUCAUUCAACAUUAAAACAAUAUGAUAAAGUGCAAAAUCAAUCUAAUGUAUAUAUAACUCUUCUAAGAAAAAAUAUUUCAUCUAAUAAUCCUGUCAGUUUUAUUCAUAACCCUUCAAAAACCUCAACAAAUGCCGACUGUAAUGAAUUUCAUCAUGUAUCAUCAGUUCUUGAUCAUAGUUUGGUGGUACACGAUUUAAACGCUCCAUUUAUCGAUGAUGAAUACGACUGUACAUAUUCGUCAGAAUACAAAUCACAAACUUCAGAUGACAAUAUCGACUUCAAUAAUGCAUUACUAUCAAAUUAUUUAAAAAUUCCUGGACGUGUGUAUCAUAUGCCUACUGAAAGCAUCAUCUCAUCAGAACGUCUUCGUGAAUUAAAUGCAAAUAUAAUUGCUGGUCCAUAUUUAUUAAGUGAUUUUCUUAGUAUGAAUGAUCGUUGUAGUAAUAUUCCAAUGACGAGUUCAGAAUUAAUUAAAUCACGUUCACGUUUAUUUUCUGUGCAUAUCAAAAUAGUUGAUGCCAAAAAUGAAACUUCAAAUCUUGGUUGUCAAUCGGCUACUACAGUUGAAAUUCAACAACCACCUUUAUUACUAUCUGAUAUAUUUGCACAAAUUGGUCUAAGUAUUCAUCAGUUUAACACCACCUGUUAUUGUUAUGACCAUCCUGCUCCCCCUAAUGAUUUUGUUAAUGAAACACCAUCGUCAUCAUCGUUAUCGACCGAUCAGCUUACAACUGUGAAUGAUAUUGAUAAUGAUUUUAAUGGACGUACAUCAUUAAAGUCGUGUAAAAUGCAUACAAUUUUACAUGAAAGGGCUCAACUUUUAGCUAUUCUACGCUCUAUGAAACUUCAUGAAGAUUGUUUUAAUUUUCUUAGCUCAACUGAUGGUACUUGUAAUCAUAGUAGUAAUAAUAAUCAUAAUAAGUGGAGAGACUUUCUUACUCAAAACUCCUACCAUCAUAAUAGCAAUUUUUCGUCAAUUAUUCUAGAUAUUUUGAAUUGGGUUGUGUUGAUGUAUCUUCAUGAGUUAGAAUUAUCAUGCGAUAUCGUAGCGAAUUUAUUGAAUUUGGCUGCAAAUAAUUAUGAGAUGUUAAUUGAAAAUGUAAUUGUACACGGUGAUCGUGAAUGUGUUCAACUUGGAACAAAAUUAUUGUUUAGUUUACUCAAAUUAGAAUUUGUCUUCCUAAAAUAUUGCUCUUCAAAUAAUUCACCAUAUAAGAAGCCAAUGGUUUUCCAUGUAUUACGCAAUUGUCUGGCUGCCGAUAGUAAAACUACUACUGAUAAUAAUAAUAAUAGUAGCAAUAGUAAAUUCAUUCGUUGGUUAUUAAUUUGUCAAACAUCAGCUGGAUGUGAAACACUAUUCAGUUUAUUGGAUUUUAUCAUUUCUUAUUCUUUUGAUGAAUAUCGUAACAAUUUAAAUGAUUUAAAGGUAAAAUUGUUAUUGCAAAAUAAUCUAAUGACUUUACUCAAUACAGUUUCAUUGUUUCAUGAGGAUUUCAAUCGUCUACACCCUUCAUAUCAUUUACCUACAUGUCUUGGUCCACCUAUGCUAUUCAAUCUACCAAUAUGUAACUGGACUUUCCUAGGUUCUGAAUGCUUACAAUCAACCAAUAAUAGUAAUAACAAUAAUAAAUAUCAGAAAUCAUUUCAUUCAACAAUUCCAAGUACUAGUAAUAAUAAUAAUAAUAAUAAUACUUAUUCUAAUUCUAAUCAUAAUAUGAAUUUAAAUUAUGAAAAUAUUAAAGAUUGUUAUUCUAUUAAUAAAGAUGUAAUGAAUUUUAAUGGUAUAUUUACACCGAAAAAUUAUAUAACAUUUAUAUCUGAUUCAAAAUUCAAUGAUACUAUUGAUUUGGCGCAAAAUACAAAAUUAAUAGAAACAUCAAAUCAUUUACAAAACAAUGAUAACAUUAAUAAUAAUAAUAAUAAUAAUAAUAAUAAUAAUAAGGAUUCAUUAUAUCUACUCUCAUCUGAUGUAUCAUAUGUUAAUUUCUCUGAUAUUUUCACAUUAAUGCGAAGUAAUUUCAUUAUGAAUAUUGAUAAUUCAAAUAAUGUACAUCAUAUUAUAUUAUCAGAUUUACAAGAUUGGCCAUUCAAUGGUAUAUUAGAUGUGGAACCAUUAAAAUUUCCUUUAGAUAAAUUAUCAAUUCAAUUAAAUGAUGAUUGUGAUAUUGAACGUGUGGAUUUUUUUACUGGUGAACAAUUACCAAUAAAUGAUAAUAAUUCCUAUGUAAUAAAAUUCAAUGAAUCACAAGUUGAAACUAAUAAUGAAAAUCAUCGGUUAACAUCUAUCAUAUCUCAUCUCAUUAAUUCCAUUGAAGCUUAUCAUUUAGUAAUAUCUCGUAUGCAUCCAGGUGCACAUCGUUCAGUUACAUUUAGUACUUAUUCAUCAUCAACAAAUUAUUUAACUGAUCUAAUUAUUCCAAUGAAUCCUUGUUUACAAUGUAUUACAUUAGAAGCUAUAUUCAUAGAUAAAUCAUUCAAGAAACCAAUAAGUUCUACAAAAUUAAUAGCUGUAUCUACUGAUAUAAGUCAUUCUGCUUUAAUAUUACGUGAUAUUUAUCCACCAAUUAAAUUUACUCAUUUACAUAUUUCUAUAGUUGGUCGAUUAGAUUGUCCAUUCACUAAAGCACGUAUUCAUUUAGGUGCAUAUUUUGGACAAAAUGGUAUAUGGGAACAAUUUAUACAUCCUUUAAUGAAAACAAAUUCUAAUAGUAUUGAUUUAAUACAAUAUUUAGAAAGUAUUGUAUUAAAUAAAACAAUGAAAUACAUUUCAAUUCAACAAUGUUUAAUGAAUACAUUAGACCAAUUUGAUAAGAAUAAAAAAAUAUCCAGUAUAUCAUUAGAUAGUGAUAAUAUCCAAAUAUCAUCACUAUAUAAACAAUGCUAUAGUUUACAAUAUCAGUUGAAUUGGAUAGAUCGUACAUUGAAUCGUUUAAGAAAAAUAUAUCAACCUGAAAAACUGCGUGAAUAUAAGAGUCGAAUUCAUCAAAUGUCUGAUGAACAGAUAAGAAUGGAUUUGUAUCCAGAUAAAGUGAAAUAUGUUUUGGAACACUGUUUACUGUGUUUGUUAAGUCAUGCAAAUGAAAUCUGGUCAGUGAUAGAACCUCUUUCAUUAUUAACCCAAUCAACAGGAGUUUCACCAUUAGACGAUGAUGAUUACACCUUUUUAAAUUAUGUUGAUAAAUGUUGUACAACAUUUUUAAAUGAUAUGAUUAUUCAUGGUAGUCGUUCAAUGCAAAUUCUUACAGUUGGAUUAAUGCCGGUGUUUAUGAAAAUCAACUCAAUUAUUUUACCAAUUCAUCAUACUGAUCAUAAUUAUCUUUAUAGAUUCAUUAAUGAAUUUUCUACAUUGAAAAAUAAUUUCUCAAUAACAAAAUUGAAUGAUUUACAAAUUGCAUUUACUAAUGAAUCUAGACAACAACUAUUAUUUUGGGCUAUAUUACAACGUUUAAUCCAUUCUGGAAUGUCUAAUGAUCUAUUUGAUACUUCUGUAUACAUUCUUCAUGAUAUAUGGGAUUCCAUAGAUAAGAAUAAUAAAGAGGAUUCAUUUAAUUUGGAAACAUUUCAUAAUAUUCUAAUAAUUAUUGAUACAAUAAUAGAAAAUGGUUGUUCAUCUCUACUUACUGUUCAUAAAUCUUUACAUGAUUUUUUAACAGUAUUAAAUAUGCGUCAAUUAUCAUAUAAUGGUCAAAUAGAUAUAAAUGGUUUAUUAAAAUGGCAUUAUUUUCAUCAAUUAUAUAAUAAUGAUCGAUGUAAUGCUAUAUAUCCUUAUUGUCAAACAAUAAAUACUAAAAUAACUGAUGGUAUUUAUAAAUAUAAUUUAUUAUCACAAUAUCAAUUGUGUAUUGUUUCAUUUUAUCGAUGGCAUUUAGAACAUUUAGCUAAUCUAUCAACUCAAUAUGCAGCUAAUCGUGAUUAUCAUCGCCAAAUUAUUCAGAAAGAUUUAUUCCCAUUGGGAGCAUUGUUUGUUCGACGAAAUAUUGAUUCACAGACAUCAGUAUUAAUGCGACGGUGUAUCCCAGAAGGUAUUCAACAAACCAAUACCUAUCCUAGCAAAUCUUUUAUUCCUCUGGAAACCUAUCAAAUUCCUCAACAACGAUUUCUCUGUAUGUUUGGUGAUGAUGAGUCUUCCACUGAAAAUUCUUUAAUCCAACUAUUACAGAUUUUGACCGAUGUUACAUUAAAAUUUUUAAAUAAUCUAUUAAAUUUAUCAUCUGUGAAUAAUAGCUCUACAAUGUCAAGAGAGUCAAUUUUAUUUCAGAAUUGUUUUGUUGUCUGUCGUCUACUUGGUCGUAUCUGCUGGCAUAUUUCAGGUGAUCGAAUUCGUCAAUGUUUCAUUCCCGAUGGAAAUAUUUACGAAUCUGCACUUUUUAAAUUCCUAACUAACUUUUGUCAACGUCUUGGUGAUCAAUCGUCUCUUUUGAAUGAUAUGAUUAUUGAAUGUUUAUGCCUUACUCUUAAUAGUGAAUGCAUUCCUGAUUGUCCACAGACCAUAAAAACAGAUAACUAUGGAAAUAUUGAAAGUAUUGAUCUUCAUAAAUCUCAAAAUAAAUCAUGGCCUUAUCCAAACAAUUCUGUGGUAAAUUAUCACCUACAACAAACUACAGAUUUAUUAUGGCACUUAUUACCUAGCCAAUUAUUGAACAAAGCACAGUCUAUUUUACUGAAACCAUUUGAUCAACAUCCCAUUGAUCAUAAUCAUGCACAAAGAAACAGACUUAAUACAUGUUUAGCAACAUCAUCAAACAACAAUGGUCAUUUUGUAUUAUGUGAAAUAUUUUCUGAAUGUAUCAAUCUCAUGUUGAAAGAUGCUAAAUCUAUUGGUCAACUGAAUAAUAAUAAUAAGCUACAAUCGGUUCAUGAUAAUUUGUCUGGUCAACAUCCAUAUCUUACAAAUGUUUUGUACCUAUUCUGUGGAAUUGUUGGUGAACCAAAUUUCAAACCCUGGAAACUUACUUCAAAUGAUGAAACUUUUAAAAAAUGCCAAUGUUAUGUAAAGGCUAAUCUUCAAAUAAAUAUUCAGUUUGAAAGUUUACAAAACGUCUUAAAAUUAUUGGAAAACUUUGUUCAAUCAAUGAAAAAGACACAAACAAGUGAUCAACAUUACCUAUCUUCAAAAUCUGUUGAAUUUUUGCGUAAUUUUUAUACAUUGUCUAUUCAUUUUUUGGCAAUAUCAGCUGAAUCAUCAGAUCUACGACUGUACAUAUUAGAAUCUUCAAGUUUUUCAAUAUUUCUAAACACUAUACUUACAGAUUAUUCACUAAGAAAUGGUGUAAAUCGUUCAUGUACAUUAGCUUUAGAAGUACUAUUCACAUGGUUUGCAUAUUCAUCAGUGAAACUAAUAAAUUCUGAUUGUCAUCCAUUUGAUAAAUUUUGUCUCGACCAAUUAAUUGGUUUGUUUCCAAAGCCAAAUACUUCAGCUCAAAUUAUUGAAGGUCCAUGUGAUUUACAAGCCGUUCUUUUAGCAGCUAUAUGUUCACGUAUUAAAUCAUUCAAUCAAGCAAACACUGUUGACAGUGAUAAUAAUGAUUCUGAUUCACUCCAACAUGAAAUUCAAACAACUAUCACCACAUGUUCCAUGCAUACAAUAUCAAAUUUACCAAUGGAUUAUCUACUUCAACUUGUACAAAUUUUAUUAAAUUAUCUAUGUGGUCAGCUUGUUGAGUUGAAUCAACAAUCAUCAAUGAAUAAUAAUAGGGCUUAUUUGUUAUGUUUUUCAUGUUAUACUACUGUUGUCGAUGAAGAAUAUGAAUCAUGUCAUAAAAAUUUCACCUUAUGGUCCACAUUAACUAGCAAUCAUAUACGACGAAGAUUAAUUAGUGAUCCUUCUAAAAAUAUUGUACAAAAUCCGAAUGAUCAAUCUUCAACUCCUACUAAUACUACUACUAGUACUACUACACCAUUAUCAAAUUGUUCCUCAUCAUUUAUUCGACAAUUAACCUGUUGUUAUUUAUAUGGUUUAUGCUCUACAAGUGGAAUGUAUUCACAAAUUCUAUCCAAUAAAACAUAUAAUGAUAAAUGUUUAGCAUUGAUUCUUGGAAAUCUUUGUAGAAUUCUAACAGAAACUUUCAAUAAUAUACAUGAUAAACAUGAGAUAAAAGUAUUUUUUAUCAAAAAUAUUAAAUUAUUUAUAUCCUCAUUAAAUUUUGCUCAUAUCAGUUCACCUAUGAGUACAAUGAUUACAUUAUCUUGUAUGAUUAAUGGUUGGAAAACAUUGAAACAUUUUACUCAGUUAAUUAUUAAUCAUUUUAAACCAUUUAGUAUAUGUGAUUGGUUAUUUUAUUGUGUAAUUAUUGUUAUGCAAUCUUUGGAUUCUAUGGAUUCUUCGUCGUCGUCAUCAUCAUCAAUGGUAAUGUCAAAAUCUACAGUUACAUUCAAAACAUACUUGUUACAAUCGCUUAUAUCUCCAAUUCCUUUAAAUUCAUGCCCAUUAUUUCUAUUAUUAGCUUUAUGUAUUGAAUCUAAUUUAGAAUUACACAAUAAUAAUGAUAAUAAUCAUGCAAAUAUUAUUUUCAAUACUUUUAUAAAUGAUACUGAUAAUCGCAAAUCUAUUAGAUCAUCUUCAUCUUCCAUUAUUUCUACAUUAUUUUCUUUUGAUAAUACAAAAUUAUAUACAAUCAAUGCAAUUGAAUUAGGUCAAGCUUUAUUACAACAAUCAUUUCAUUAUAAUAUUCCAUAUUAUCAACAAUCAUCUGUAUAUAAUUUUCAAUAUUUAACUAAUUCAUUACCUAUUGGUUUAUUUGGUCCAAUUCAUUUAUUCAAACAAUCUUCAUUAGAAUUUUAUCAAAAUAUUGCCAAUUUCAAUUAUCCUUAUCAACAACGUUUACAACCAAAACAAUCAACUCAUAUUAAUACUAAUUGUCAAUGUAUGAAUUUACUUCAAUCGAAUCAACAUAAACCUAUGAAAAUUAAUUCUUCUUGUCAAGAUGAUAUUCUUGAUGAUAACAAUGAAGAAAUGUAUUGUACUUCAAUGACAAAUUAUCAUAAAUCAUUCAUUGAUUUUGCGCCUAUAUCUUUUAUUUAUUCAGAUAUAUUAGAUGAACAAAUGACAUCAUUAUGUCAAACAUUAUCUAUUAUGAAUAGUCAUAAUGAUAAUUGUGAAAAUAUUAUAUUUCCAUUAUAUUUAGGUUUUUCAUCAUAUUCAUUUGCACCAAAAAUAAUGUCUACAUCAAAUCUUCUAAAUGAUGUAAACGAUUGUAAUAAUAAUACCAAUAAUAAUACUAAUAAUAAUAAUGAUAAUAACUAUUCAUCAAAUCGAAUUCCGGAAAAUUUCAAUCUGUCAGAUUUUAUUAAAACUAAUUUUGUUUUUCAUAGUAAUAAAGAAUCAUUACAGAUUAUUGUAAGAUUUCCAUUUUUAGUACAAUUAGAAUGUGUACAGUUGUCAGUGAUGAAUCCAUUUCAAUCAGCCAGUCGUGUAACUAUUGAGGUGGAACUAUAUCGUGAUUUACCUGGUGCUUCUCGACGAACAUUUAUCAGUGCACAUAAAAGUAACAAGUCGUCAUUGUCAAAACUUCGUACGAUCACUUUUCCACCACGGUUAGUAUCACAUGUUUUAAUAAGACUGUACCAUGCUCAGAAUUACAAUAAAACUCUUCGUGUGAACACUUUACGUUUAUUAGGAAGACACGCAAAUGAUAAUAGGCUGUUGUUCACAGAAACUUGUGAGAAUAGCUGCACAAAUGCAAAUAACUUAGCUGUUGAGAAUUCGUUAAAUAAAAUCAGACCAAUUGUUUUAUUACAUCUGUUACAUAAUGAAAUGCUUUCACAAUUAUUACCAAAUAUAUUCUAUUCAUAUCAAUUUAUCAAUUCAUUAUUACACUGUUUACAUAUUGUUAGUUCAGAUAAAAAAUUAUCAAUGUGUACACGUCAAUUAAUACAAAUGGUUACAUGUCAUAAUCAAAUUUUUGAAAUGAUCAGUCAUAUAUAUAAUUUUACCAGUGAUUGUUCAUCUGAUAAUGAAAAUAAGAUAUUACAAAAUGAAUGGUUUUAUUCACCUAUCGGUUAUAUUAAUGAAGCUGAUAUGUUUUGGAAAUUAUGUCCUUCAUCAGCUGUAUUGUGUGAACGUAUUUUACUUGGAUUAUUGGUUAAUACAGAUAAUGGUAGUAGAAAUAGUCUUGCUAAUUAUAUAUUAACCAAAUUACUAAAUGGUAAUAACGACGAUGACUUAACAAUAAAUUGUGAAGAUGUAUCAUUCACAAGUGUGUCGAAAUCAAAUCAGGAUAUAGAUAAUGAAUUCAAUUCAUCUUAUUGGUAUGGUCCAUUAGCUUCAUUAACAUCUACACCAAAUCAACGUUUAUUUGCAUGGUUAUGUUUACAUCAAGAUGCUGGACAAUCUACACGUAUUGAACGAAUCAUUAAUUGGUUAAGUCACUUCAAUGAAUCUAUGAUAAAACAAGAUAUUCUUUCUCAUAAUCGUCAAUUAUUGAAUCAUUGGUCUCAAUUAAUAUUGAUUUUUUCAAGUGUUUUAUGGAGUUUAAGUAGUGUUACUACCACUACUACUACUACUACAGCAAUAGAAAUGAAUCAAUGUUCAAAUUUAUGGCAAAAAUAUGUGACAAUUGAUUUUAUUAGUUCUAUUUAUGAUUUAUACAUCUCAAUUAUAAAACAUUAUCAAAUUGAUCUAUCUAUGAAUGAUAUUGAUGAUGAUAAUACUAAGAACUUAAUCGUUGAAAUUAAACAAUUUACCAAAGUACUAAUCAAUUUAAUGUGCUCUUUAUGUACAAUCCAACCAAAUGUCAUCUCUAUACUUUUAUCAAAACUUCUAAUAAUUCCUACAACAAAUUCAUUAUUUAAUCAAUAUGAUAAAUUGUUAUUCAAUAGUCAAUUGAAAGUAUUCAGUUCAAUUCUAUCAUCAGAUCAUAUUGUUUAUUCUAUUUUCUCAAUUAAUAAAUCGAUAAAUACAACAGAUCCAUUUAUAUCAGAUAACUUCUUUUAUAAUUGUUGUACAUGGUUAUCAAAUUAUUUCUCAAUCAUGAAUAAUUCUGAAUCUUCUUCUUUAUAUUCUUCCACUAGAUCAAUUCUUACCAUUGAUUCAGCUCUUAGAUAUUUAUAUAUAUUAAAUUAUUUCAUGCAAUCAAAUCAAUCUACAAUAUUACGAAUUAUUCUUGGACAAUUAAUCUGUGAACAUUUAUUUCCAAGUGUAUUUUCUUAUUUUACUGUGAUAUUAUCAUCAUCUUUAUUUCAAUCUAUAUCAUUGAAUAAUUUGUAUAAUAAUCAUUUUGGUUCAAGUGUUUAUGAGAUUCAUCAACUUCAACAAGCUAUUAUUACUUUGUAUCAAACAGUUAAAUUAUCAAUGCCAUUUUCAAAAUCAUCUAAACAAUUCAAUUCAUAUCAGUUGAAUUUAGAAAGUUCAAAGUUGAAAAUGAAUUGUUUAACUGAUCGUUUGAUUGAAACAUUUAAAGAAUCAUUUAUGAAGCAAAAUUUCAAACUAUCCAAUUUUAUAUCUGAACUAUUAUUGGCACAACCUUUAUCAUUAACACCUGUACCAUUUAAACAAACAAUUGCAGUAUUCACAGUCACUUCAAAUCAUCCACACGCAUCGACUGAUUUGCCAUGGCCUAUAACUGGUCCACCAGUUGCAUUCAAUAUUCAGUCAUCUGAACUACCUAAAUCUGGAUUAGUUACAUUUUUAUGCAGAGAAAUCCAUCAGUCUGUUUCAAAUAACAACCUAGACUAUUCCAUUCAUCCUAGUCUUUCAACAGCUUUAUUAUUGAUCAAUAUUUAUCAUCCACCAGAAUACACUGUAACUUAUCAUUAUGAAUUUGAAAGAAGAAUUUUAGUGAAACAUUUGAGAUUAAUAAUUUAUCAUUUAUUGCAUCCGUUCACAAUGAAUCGCACUAGUAGUACUACUAAUAAUAGUAGUAUCAAUAGAAAUGUAUUAAGUUCAACUGAAAUAAAUACAAUGAAUGAUUUUGAAUUAUGUCUUAUUCAACAUACACCAAAUAUUGAUCAUAUUAUAUCACCUAUUGAUUGGGAUAAUGGUAUAUUUUUACCAGAAGGUUAUACAGAUAAUUGGACUAUGGAACAAUUGAAUAAAUUCACUGAUGAUCAUCCACUUGUGAUUAGUCAGUCUCGUCUACUUUGUUUAUUAAUUCGACCAUGUGAACAUGCUAAAUUUGCAUUUCAUCCACCAAAAGCAGUAACUGAACCAUCAUCAUCAUUAAUAAAAGAAUUCCAAGAGACUAAUUCCACACCUUCUUGUUAUUAUUUAAUAAAAACAUUUCAAUCAUCAUUUAUAUGUGAAUUUUUAAAAUCUGGUCUAUUACAUUUUAUAGCAAAUUCUAUUGUUCAUUGGCGUAUUCCAUGUUUAUUAAAUAAUGUACAACGAAAAAGAGAAAAUUCUAUUUUAUCAUCAUUAGAAACUCCUCCUCCUGCUCCUCCUGCUCCUCCUCCUCCUCCUCCUCCUCCUCCUCCUCCUACUACUACUACUACUACUACUACUACUACUACUACUACUACUAAUAAUAAUAAUAAUAAUAAUAAUAAUAAUAAUAAUUGGAAUCAAUCUAUAAGACAAUUUCAUUCUUAUAUUACUUUCUAUUUUAAUAAAUUUUCAAUAAAUAUUCCCAAUAAAUUCUAUAAUUAUAAAUUAGAUCACUUAAUAAUUAAUAAUUAUCAAUCCAUUCCAAUAAACAAUAAUCUUGAUAAUAUUGAAACAAUGAACAUGAUUCUGCCAAUACAUUGUAUCACUACUUAUAUAUUAUUAUUAAGAAUAACAGAUUAUGAUUAUAAUUUAUUAAAUUUAAUUCAAUCAUCAAUGAAAAUUAUGGAAUUAAUAAUUAAAUAUCAAUUAAAUUUAGUUUAUGUGCCAAGUUAUUUAAUUCAAUUAGCUAAUAAAUAUUCUAAUUUAUCAUUAUGCACAGAUGAUGAUCAAAAGUUUCAUAUAAAUAAUUAUCCUACUUAUAAUUUACAAAGUAGUAAUUUAAUUCAUUCAAAUAUUUUACCAUUUCAGUGUUUAUGUUAUUUAUACGAUAAUAAUGAUAAUAAUAAUAGUAAUGUUCGUGGUAAUGGUCAUCAAUCUCUAUGGGAACUACGUUGGAUACAUUUAAAUUCUGGUGUAUUACAGCUUAUCUUAAGUUUCAUGUAUGUUUUAUCUCAUGGUUCAUGUGUAAAUUUACCGCAAAGAUUUGAUGUGAAUGAAGUGAAAACAUUUAUUCAUUCAAUUCAGUUAGAUUGUAAUAAUAAUAAUAAUAUUAAUGAAGAUGAUUCAUUAUCGCUAACUAUUCAAUCAAUCAAUGAACUUUAUAUACAUUUUAUUAAACCAGCUUGUAUAGAUUUUGAACGUGAAUUAUUUCCUUCAGUCACAGUAUCUAAUCAAGAUAAUAAUAAAAAGUGUAAACAAAACACAAAUUAUCAAUCAUCUCAUACUAAUUUCAAUUCAAUACCUUCAUCAUCUGGAUUAAUAUCUGAUAAAAUAAAUUCUAAUUUAUGGGCAAAAGGUACAGGUUUUGCUACAACUCCUACAAUAAAUGAAACAUCAAUUACAAAUGAUCAUUCAAUUAAUAAUAAUCAUAAUUUUCAAUCUAAAUGGAUCCGAUCAAAACUUCAACGUGAAGAUCAAUAUGCAAUUAUAUUAUGUAAUACAUUGGGUGGAUUUUUUUCUACAUUUAUGCAAAAUUUAAUAAAUACUGAUCAAUUAUUCGAAUUAAUUAUUAUUUAUUUUAUUCAUAAAUUUAAUUUAAUUAAUUUUAUCAUUAAUUAUUUACGUAAUGACUCUAUCACAGAAAUAAUUAAUCGUCAUUUAUUAUAUCAAUCAAUAUUUCAAUUAAUUCGUAUGAUUAUUCUAUGUCCUCGAUUACAUUGGUUAUUAACAAUGAUUCAAAGUGAUUUAAACAAUGAUAAUCUUGUUCAUUAUAAUGAUAAUUUAUAUGAAUGUUUCAUUUUACAAUCAUUUCAUUCAUUUCAAUUAUAUUGGCAAAAUAUUAAUUUGAAUGAUAAUAAUGAUGUUGAUGAUGAUGGUAACGAUGAUAGUUUAGUGGAGAAUUUAAAUUCAUCAUGUAUUAUUGUCUUAGUGAAACAUAUACUAUUCUAUUUGUCAAAAUAUAAAGAACAGUUAAACAAAUUGGGAUUGAUAAUUGAGUCUUCUGAAUCGGAGCAACCGUCAAAACAAAUUACCUCUAAGUCCAACAUUGAAUUACACCCAACUAGUCCUACUAAUACACAUAUUAGUAGUGGUGGUCUUAUUCGUCGUUCAUCAAUACGAUAUCGUAAUUUUCGUAAACAGCACAUUAAUGAAAAUUUACUAAAAAAUAUACAUUUUAAAAGUCAAAACGUGUAUAAAUCAUCCCAAACAUUCAACACUGCUGAUAUUAUUAAUUCUCAUUGUUCAACUUCUAAAACCUAUGGUUUAUUACAACUGAAAUCUGGUUUCUAUGAUCAGUUCGAUGUUAGUGACAGUAAUACUAAUCAAAUGAGUAGUGAAGACAGAGAUCAACUUUAUACGGUAAUAGAAAGUAAUGUUGAGAUCAACUGUGGUGAUGACGAUGAUAAUCUUAACACUGCUUCUGAAAAUGUUCAUGAUAUUCAUUCCGAGGUAGAAAGAGAACAGGACGAAAACGGAAAUGUUCAUUGUGAGAUUAUUAAAGAUUUAACCGAAAAUGCUAAUCAUUCUCAAUCGAUUAGUAAAGAGAAUAAUCUUGUAAAUGGUGAAUUUCAUAGUCAUUUUCAAAAUGAUAUAUUGGAUGAUAAUCCUGAAAGUACUAACCAUCAAUUCAACAGUGAUAGCAGUUCAACAUAUGUAAAUCAAGAAAUUUUAAUCAUUUUUAAUGAACUAGAAACCACAUAUAAACUACUUAAAUUAAUUUUGAAAUAUCAACAGUGCUCUGGAAAUAAAUCAUUGAUAAUGAUGAAUAAAUGUCAUCAUAAUGAGGAAGAUAAAUUUACUAAUAAUGAUUACAAAACUACUUUACAUGAAAUACGAUCAACUGAAUAUGGUAACGGCAGUGAUAGGAAUGGUACACUACAGAUUCAAACUUCAUCAAUUAAUUCAAAAAUGCUUUCAACCAAUAAUGCUUAUUGUACAGCUUUAAAAUCUAUACACUUUCGUACGAUCAAAUUUUUUUCACCUUCCGUGAAUAAUACUGUUUCUUCAAUAGUCCCACAUGGAUAUGCGAAUUUAUGUGCCCAACAUGAAGGUUUCAUCUUAAUUAACAGUUUUAAUACAAAAAAAUUACUCAUUUAUUCCGCGUCCACCUCUACCUCUGGACUAAGUCCUGAUCAAUCUCAUAAACUGUCAACGGUUACUUCUACCACUACUAGUUCUCAAUUGAAAAUAACCCCAAAAAAUCGAUCAUUUCAUCGGUUGCAACGUCUCGCUCAAGAAAUUGUAACAUUGAAUACUAGUUUACCAUUGUCCGAAAAUGCUAGUGUGUUUAUUUGCUGUGAAGAAAAUCAUUUGUGUUUAUUAAAGGCACUAAUUACUGGACCUCCUGAUACUCCAUAUGCAAAUGGAUGUUUUGAAUUUGACAUAUACACACCGCCAGAUUAUCCAAAUCAGCCGCCUUUAGUUGAAUUUUGUACAACAGCGAAAAAUACAUUCCGUUUUAAUCCAAACCUGUAUGAAGAUGGCAAAGUAUGCUUGUCAGUGCUGAAUACAUGGCAUGGAUCAAGCGAAGAACGAUGGAACCCUCAAACAUCAAGUUUAUUACAAGUAUUAGUAUCAAUUCAAUCGUUAAUUUUCGUACGUGAACCUUAUUUUAAUGAACCGGGUUUCGAGUGUACCAUGGGAACGCCUAAAGGCAUAAUUGUCAGUUACAAAUAUAAUGCUCGUAUUCGUGUUGCAACUGUUCGUUGGGCUAUGAUUAAUCAAUUAAAGCAUUUACCAAUUGGUUUUGAAGAGGUAGUUUUAAAACAUUUUCUAAAUCGACGUUCAUUUAUUAUUUCUCAAGUUGAACAAUGGAUAUUUGAAAUGCGUAAUCAUGCACAAUUUAAGAGCGUAGAAAUCUAUGUCAAAGAGCUUGAAGAUUCUUUACCCAUCUUGAAAACGGAACUUAAUCGUCUAGAAGAACGUCUUGCUGAUUGGAAUGAAAAACAUAGUCAAAUGUAA